AUGGCUGCAUCGAUUUCCCGAAAAUCGUCGUUAAGUCAGAUAGCAACACAUUCUGGUUCCAGUGACACGUGUCGUGUAUGCGGAGACGGUAACGCAAAGACGCACUACGGUGUGGUGACGUGCUUCGGAUGCAAAGGAUUCUUCAGACGAACGCUGAAACGACCCUCGGAGUACGCAUGUCGACACAAUGGAAAUUGUGUUGUGGAUAGGCAUGAGAGGAAUUCGUGCAGAUACUGUCGUUUCAAAAAAUGCAUCGAAGUUGGUAUGGACCCUAAAGCCGUCCGCCCCGACCGCGACGCCACCGGCCGCCACUACCAAGGAAGGCAACGAAGAUCAAAGUUGUCAGCAGAAGACGAAGGGGAGGUAGAUGCAGAAUGGAUGAGAAAACUUCCAGUUGAUAUGAGAACUACUCUCAUGCAACUUCUAAAUAUUGACCUAAUCGUUGGAGGAGGUGAUGGGCAUACUGAACCAUCAAAGAUCUAUCCAUUACCAUUUGCCACAUCGAUCAAGCAGUUGUUAGAAGAUCCGACGCUAUUAGAUGGAAAACGAACCGAAAUGAGAUAUGAGGCAUUUCGAGAAAUCAAUCCUGAAGAGCUUCCAUGUAUUGCUCAUCGAAGAUUGAUUGCCAUGAUCGACUGGGCUGAUCAUUUGUUCGAUAUGAUGGAUGUCAAUAAUAUGGAUGAUAAAGUUGCCAUCGUCAAGGCUAGCUACGGACCAUUGAUGAUUUUCAGUCUGUGUGCCAACACGGCUCGUCAUAAGCAGCAAGAUAUUGUGUGCUUGAGUACAUUUGGCUAUAUUGCAAGAUAUGCACCAAACUCGUGGGCCGAGCCAUACCACUUCGGAAAUCAACUAGCCGAACGUUGCAUUGACGAACUCAUUGAUCCAUUGAGGAAAAUGAAUUUGAAGGAAGAAGAAAUUACUCUUCUGAAGGCAAUCGUUGUAUUGAAUCCAUACCUCAAAACCCUCACCCAAGACGGCUCCGAAGCCAUCAUGGAUCUUCGUGAUCGCAUCCAAGAGACCCUCUACCACGUAGUCCGUGAAACCCAUCCAAAAGAAGUUGCAUCAAGCAGAUUCGGAAAUCUCCUACUCUUCGUUCCAUCCGUAAUGAUGCUCGGAAGACUUGUGAUGGAGAAUCUCUCAUUCGUGGACAGCUUCGGACAAAUGAACGAUCGUCUAGUGCAUGAUCUUCUCCAGGAGGCCCCGAAGGUUGAGCAUUCCCCGAACAACGGAUCCCCACCACAAGGAUCCAUGGACACCUCCCCAUCACCCCCUAUCAAUGGACACACGUCACAGGAUGAGCAACUGGGGCAGUCGAAUGGUCUGGCUAGAAGACACAGUGAGCCAAGAAUGGUGCACUCGUCGAGUUCCAGUUCUAUAGAGAGCCUGAAUUCCUAUCAAUCGGAUACAGCGGCGUCAUAUCAGAAUCAAAUUGGCACGCUACCGUAUAAUUUGUCCUGUAACUCUCUCCCAGCUCAAGUCAACGAUUUUGGUGUCUCUCUCAACGGCGCGUCGUCGAUGCCAAAUCUCGAAAUGGCCGAAUGUGAUCCGGACUACAACGUCACAAUCACACCAGACAUGUACGGAGACAUGCGUCAAGCGAUGAAUGUUGCUCAUGGCGGUGGUAUGGAAAUAGAUGACGUCCAGCAGCAGCAGCAGAAUAAUGGAGGAAUGACACCGAACAUGGAGAGAAGGGAUUCGAUGCAACAUCCACAGUCACCGACAACCGCGCCAAUGUUUUAUAUUUCGACUGUGGAGAGUACGAAACACAAGUUCACGGUUACUACAACGUCGUAUGAUAGAUUCCAAAACGGCGCCAACGGCCACGCGUACGGUGAAAACGGCGCCAAUGGGUACCCCCAACCCGGAAUGCCCCAACAGUCUGGCUCCUUUGGCCAAAUGCCAUCCACGAAUCAACACGAACCACUGUGCAAAACCAACAGUUUGCCACCCCAAUACAUGACACCUCAACAGUCCCAACCCCAAAAUCAACCAGAUUACAAUCAAGUCAUGUAUCAGAAUCAAAUGGAGUGCGACGACGCCAACUAUAUCAAUUUCAAUCCACCCAGCUAA